AUGCCUGAGGUGGUUGAUAAGUCUGCAUUUGACUUUGGUGGUAAGACUUUGAUAGCUUUAACCCCCAAUGGUAAUCAACUAUGUGUAACUAAUAAGGCUGGGUUGAGUAAAGUUUUACAAAUGAAUAAUCCUGAAGAAGAACCUGAAGUCUUCGAGAUCCCAGAGAAUGUUACCUCAGUUGUUUGUGAUUCAAAUACCAGUUUUAUCGUUACUACGCUAAAGGGAGAUUGUUUCAGAUACGAUUUUAGUGGGAAAGAUCAAUUGCUGGCAAGAUCGAUGCUGCCCAUGAGAGAUUGCGAUGUUGUGCAUAACGGAAAGAUGGUUGUGAUUGGUGGUGAUGAUAUGGAACUAUCUUUAGUGGAAUUAAGUGAAGGCUUUAAGAGAUACAGCAUAAAAGCCGAUGAACAAGUUGCACAGUUAUCUUACAGUUCACAAACUAAUUUAUUGUCAGUAUCGUAUAUUGAUGGUAGAGUGUGCUUCUAUUCAAUUUCUUCCACGAGACCUAAUAAGGUUAAAGCAUUGGAAGGUUAUAUUCCCAAGAAUUCUUACAACGAUGAUCACCGAGAUGAGCUAUUGAAUCAUGGUGAUGAAGAAAAGGAUGACGCUGAUGAUGACACAGUAAGAGAUGUAGAGUUCCGCGUUGAAAAUAGAAUUUGUGCUCGUGCUGCUUGGCAUGCUAACGGGUUACAUUUUGCACUGCCGUGCCAUGACUAUACUGUCAAGAUUUUUUCUAUUAAAGAUUAUAAGUUGAUGAAGACUUUAUCAAAUCCCCAUAGUUCAAAGGCAUUUUUCAUUGAUUUGAAAUUUGAACCACUACAUGGUCUCUAUCUUGCAGCAGUGGAUCAUAAUAACAGACUUACGAUAUGGAAUUGGCAAACUUCUGAAGUAUUUUACAAGAAGGAACUAGGUCAAAGGAUUACCAACUUCGUAUGGAAAGUGCAUCCAGAUAAUAAGACUUUAGAUAUAAUUUUGGGAACAUGGUCUGGGAAUAUAAUUAAUGUUAAAAGGGCGGCAGAAUCAACAGAGGAAAAUUUAAACAAAACUAAUCAGACUAAAGGCCUAUUCGUUGAUUCUGAAGCUGAUGAAGAGGAAAAUUUGAAUGAGCCUAAUCUGCAUUCACCUCCGGGUGAAGUUUUCACAGAUGAUGAAAAUGAUACUGGAGCGAAAAGACAUCAUUAUGAUGACGAACAAGAUUUUGUGGAUGAUGAUGAUGGUGCUGGAUAUGUAUCGGAACAUCCACCUCUUAAACGUGCAAAACAAGGUAGAGGUAGAAUCCUGGCUCCCUCUCUGGGCGCUAAUUUUCAGGCCUCUCCUAAGCCAUUUACUUAUAGACCAUUAUCACAAGGUGCGACACCCUUUGGGAACAGUGAUCGUCGAUAUUUGACUAUGAAUAAUGUCGGAUACGUGUGCGUUGUACGCAAUAACGAACAAAACAGCAUUACAGUGUCAUUUUUUGAUAUUGGAAGAUUCGUCGAAUACCAUUUUGAAGAUGUUUUUGGUUUCGAUGUCUGUUCAUUGAAUGAGAAUGGUGCGUUAUUUGCACAAUCUAAAGCAGGACAAUUGCACUACAGGCCUCAUAAUUCACUGCUUUCGCCUUGGACGAAAACCUUACCACUACAAAGAGGUGAGAGAAUCACUAGCGUGUCACAUACCCCUAAGAGGGUAUUUGUGGGGACAUCCCUAGGUUAUGUGAGAAUAUUUAACGAACAUGGUGUACCAUUAAUGGUUGAGAAAAUGUCUCCCAUUGUGGCCCUUACUGCUCAGGACUACAAAGUAUUUGCAAUCCAUUUCCAUAAUUAUCAUGGUAUUACGUAUUCCUUGUUUGAGCGUUCCCCCACUUCAAGUAAGUACUACCAAAGAGAAAGUCCUUUGCCGCUCACUCUGCCACAGGAUAAUUUACAACUCGAAGAUAUCGAUUCUGAAUUUGUUGGUUUUAACACAUUGGGAAUAAAAAAUUUCUUCUUUUCAGCAUACGGUGAUCCAUGUGUCUUUGGCAUUGAUAACGUUUUACUGGUAUUAUCUAAAUGGAGAUCUGCUACUGAGAACAGAUGGUUACCUGUUCUUGAUGCUAAUAUGGAAAUUUGGAAGAUGUCUGGUGGUAAAGAAACGGAUGUUAAAGUAUGGCCAUUGGGUCUGAAUUACGACAUGUUAAAUUGUAUCUUGGUGAAAGGUAGAAAUAUGUGGCCAGAGUUUCCGUUACCUUUACCGUCAGAGAUGGAAAUGAGCAUCCCCAUCUUUGUAAAGAGCAAACUAUUAGAAGAGCAAAAUGAUCAAGAAAGGAAUGGUGGUGGUGAUGAUGAUGAAAUGGAGAGACAGGAGUUGAAGAUUCCAGUUCAAUGGGCUGCAGAAGAAUCAUUCCUAAGGUCUAAAGUUUUAUCAAUACUGUUAAGUGAUACAUUAGCCCAUGAAGGUGAACUUUACGGAAAUGAGAACGAAAUCCUGGCUUCAUUGACAGGAGUUCACGACAAGUCUCUGUUAAGACUAUUUGCUGGUGCAUGUACAGAACAGAACAAUGAGAUGGCAUUAUCGUUGGCACAAGAUUUGAAACAAGAUAGAGCUCUAAAUGCCGCAAUCAAAAUUGCUGAAAGGGCAGAACUUUUACAACUGGUAAAGCGUAUAGAUACACUGAGAGAGUCAAGGAUUCAAAAUGAGAUACAUGAGUAA